UUCUGCAGUUGGGGGCAGUGUACAGGACAUGGUGCAGCAAGGAUUUUCCAUACAGGAUCAGAACGCAAGUUCUUAUGAGAGAGAAUUAUCCCACAAUUCCUCUUAUGUAUUCAUGAGGAGAAAGUAGAGGGAUACAGAUGCUAUCGUGGCUUGUAAUAAAGUCAAAUGCAGAGUCUGAAAGAUUACAGCUAAGAUUUUAGGGUUUAUUUCAACAGCUCCUGCUUCUCGACUGUCAACAGCUGAGAUUGUUCAGAUGCGCAAUGAACUCUUCACUAAGGAGAAAGAGAGACAGUUGUCUUUAUAUCCACGAAUUGAGAAGAUUGAAGUAAAAUAUGUUGGCAAAUCUCAUCCUGGCACUUCAUUUGUUAUGAACAAAGCUUUGUCUACUCCAUACAAUUGUGCCAUGCACUUAAGUGAAUGGCAUUGUAAGAAAUCAGUAUUGGCACUUGUGGAUGGAGAGCUUUGGGACAUGUAUCGGCCUUUGACCAAAUCAUGUGAAAUUCAGUUUCUUACCUUCAAAGAUGAAAAUCCAGAGGAAGUGAACAAGGCCUAUUGGCGUUCCUGUGCCAUGAUCAUGGCAUGUGUGUUAAAGCAGGCUUUCAAAGAUGAAUACUCAGUCAGCCUGAUCAGAGCUCCAGAAGUGCCAGUGAUCUCUGGAGCUUUCUGUUAUGAUGUUGUUUUGGACAGUAGGCUUGAUGGCUGGAAACCAACAGAAGACAACUUCCGUUGUCUUACAAAAGAAGCAUAUAAUCUAAUUCACAAAGAUCUGCCGUUUGAAACGUUGCACGUUGAAGCAAAAGUGGCAUUAGAAAUGUUUCAGCAUAACAGGUACAAAAUGGAUUCAAUAGAACAGAAAGCAUCGCAAAAUCCUGAAGGAAUAGUGAAGUUACAUAGGUUUGGUGACUUUGUAGAUAUUAGUGAAGGCCCUCACAUUCCAAGGACAAGUUUUUGCUUCCAGUAUGAAAUAACAGCAGCCCAUAGUCUCCAAACCAGCCAGUCUGAGUCUGUACGAAGGUUUCAGGGUGUGUCUCUGCCAAUUCACUUAAAGGCUCAUCACACAGUAUGGCGAAGAUUGCGGGAAAGGUCUCAGAGACUGAUUAUUGAAGAUGGCAGUCUGGAAGCAAAAGAUGGAAGUCUGGAAGCAAAAACUGUAUCAACAUAAUUCUUAAUUUUCAUGUGUAAAUUAAUAAAAUAAAAAUGUUUUGGACAUGU